GCGGCGCUGGGUGUAGCCGGGGAUCCGGGGGAGGUGCCGCAGGAGCGGGCAGAGAACAGACGAGCAAGGCACAGUAAAGUGGCAUGGAAAGUGUAUGGGGGACCGGCGGCGGGGCUGCCACUGCCAUGUGUGUCCUAUGGAGGAGAGUACAGGAGCUUCCCUAAACCGGACUGGGUGCUAGAGACCCGGACAGGACGACAGGUUCAUGGCCCAUAUGGGAGUUCCUGUCAAGACGUGUCUGGUUUCUAUUGGCUGACAGCUUAAUGAUUAACUGUUCCCUAGACUCUGAGAGGAUGAAGUUCGGUUUCCUUCUAACAUGUCUAUUUUUCAUUGCGUUCCCAAGAGAUUGCUUCAGUGAACGAUGUGAUGACUGGGGAGUAGACACUGUAAAGCUGACCCAAGCAUAUGAUGGGGAACCAGUUCGAAUCAGAUGCCCUUUGUUUGAAGACUACCUGAAACAUAACUAUAGUACGGCACAUUCAGCUGGCCUCACGUUAAUGUGGUAUUUUACAGCCCAAGGAAAGGACCUUGAAGAGCCAAUCAACAUUCGUCUUCCAGACAACAGGAUUAGCAAAGACAAGGAUAUACUCUGGUUUCGGCCAGCUGUUCUCAAUGACACCGGAAAUUACACUUGCAUGCUGAGGAACACAACCUUUUGCAGCAAAGUUGCCUUUCCCUUGGAGGUAUUCAAAAAAGAUCAGAAUUCAUGUGUUGGUACUGCCAAAGCAUCGGAGGAGAAGUUGUUUGAGCUGGGAGCCAUACAUCAUUUGACUUGUCCAGAUACGCAUGGCUAUUUUCCUGCCAAUAUAACACCUACUGUGAAAUGGUACAUGAACUGUGAAGUAGUUGAUCGUUUCUAUGACCGAGUUGUUAAAGGAGCUGAUUUAAUAUUUUUAACUAUGUCACUGCCGUUCCAAGGAAACUAUACAUGUAUCGUGACAUAUGAGGAUAGUGGGAGGAUUUAUAACCUUACUAGGACUAUGCGCAUUAAAGCAAUAGCUUCCUCCAACAAUGCCAAGCCACCUGUAAUGUAUAAUCCGCAUGAUAAAGUGAGCUAUUCAUUUGCAGUAGGAGAAGAUAUGGAACUUACCUGUGAAGUGUAUUUCUCUUACGUGCAAAACUCAAGUAAUGAGAUUUGGUGGACAGUACAUGGGAAUAAGAAAGACAUUGCUGAUCCAAAUGUUACUAAAAGUGUUAAAUUGGAUGAGAUGAAUCCUGGAGCUGAAACCAUAACUGAGAAAUUAUACAUCAAAAAUAUCACUCCGGAUGACCUCAAACACAACUAUACAUGCUCAGCCAAAAACCGUUUAGGAUCCGUCUCCAGGCAAGCACUGGUCAAAGAGAAAGUUGGCACUCCACGAUACAUCACUGAAUUGGCAUGUGGACUGGGAGCAACGGUGUUUCUUGUCAUUUGCUUCAUUGUUGUGUAUCAUGUCUACUGGCUGGAAUUGGUGCUCUUCUACAGGGCUCAUUUUGGCACCGAUGAAACCAUUGGCGAUGGAAAGGAAUAUGAUGUGUAUGUUUCCUACGCAAGGAAUGCAGAGGAAGAAGAGUUUGUUCUGGUGACUCUGAGAGGCGUUCUGGAAAAUGAAUUUGGAUACAAACUGUGUAUCUUUGACAGAGACAGCUUACCUGGUGGAAUCAUUACAGAUGAGACACUGAGCUUCAUUAAGAAAAGCCGACGUCUUCUUGUUGUCAUUAGCCCAAGUUAUGUCCACCAAGGUACCCAGGCCCUCUUGGAAUUGAAAGCUGGCUUGGAAAACAUGGCUUCCCAGGGCAAUAUCCGACUUGUGUUAGUUCAGUAUAAGACCAUUAAGAACAAAAAGAAGGUGAAGGAGUUAAAAUUAGCUCAAUCUAUUCUCAGUGUAAUUAAAUGGAAAGGGGAAAAAUCAAAACAUCCAGGGAGUAGGUUUUGGAAAGAGCUUCAUGUUGCCCUUCCUGUUAAGAAAACCUAUUUUACAAAGAACACAGGUAGCUUUCAAACGCUCACUCAUAAUUCAUCCUUCACUACAGAGGGGCUCUGAAAUUGACAUGCUGAUCUCGACAGCCAAUAGUAAAUUGACUUGACUUACUGGUAUUUUCAGAAAAGCAACACAAGGGGAAGAUAACACAACAUUUAAUUAAGUUGCUUAAAUCCAGAUUUGGAGCUUCUCAGAUGCUGCAAACUAAGAGGAAGUCGCGCUGAAGACUUGUGUUUAAGAUAGAUAUUUCAAACAUCUCUGGAAAGUAUAAGGCCAUCUCGGUUGCAUUUUACUUGACAAGUGUGAAUGUGAGCUGCUUGUUAUAAAGAAGCUCUAGAGACCUUUAACCAAAGACUCAAUGACAUAGAAAGGUGGAAAAGUUAAGGAGAAGUGAGUAGCAUGCUGGAUGUAGAAGUUGGAUGAAAAGAAAAUUGCUGAUGUGAUUUAACCAUUUGUGGAUAUUGGAUGUGCUACAUAUCCCCCCCCCGGAAAAAAUAUAGAAUUAUUCAGGGCCUGCGUGUUAAGCCUUGUCCUUCUGCCCUGCUGCUCCCCUGUAUUUGACAGCAAUUCCCAUUUCCCAAAAUGACAGCCAGGAGUUGCUGUGCACUGCUGUGUGUGACUGCUGCUGUCAAAAAUGAAACCUUCUGACAAUGUUUAUAAACACUGUUCAGAAGUGAGAUAGCAAUGCAAAGUAACUUCGAUCUGCAUACAAGGUCCGCUAAAGCAACCUGACAAUUAAAAAUAAACAGCUUUUUUAUUAAAUUCCUAUUUAACCCCUCAUUAACCCUUGGUUGUUGCUUUAAGAAAAGUGCAAAAUUAAAUAAAAAAGCCUUUUUUUUUAAAUACUUUUUACCAUAAUCAUACUUUUGAUGUCAGUUUAAACAGGACAGUUUCUGUUACCUUUUUUUUGUAAAAGAAUAUAUAAAAAAAAGUAUUGUUUGCCCUAAAAAGAUAUAUGUAUUACUUUGUUAACUUAAGUAAUGACAAAAUUGUUGCUAGAUCAACAGGUUGAGAGCAAAAAUUGUAUUGAUCCAUAGGGGUUGUAUAGGUGUGAGAGCUUAAGUAGUUAAACAUAAAGCAUUGGGCAAAACACUGUCACCCAUAGAAGCCAGACAGCUUUCAUUAGCCUGGCUUCUCUGUAUUAAGGAGAGGUAAAUACUGAUUGAUUGUUCAGUCUCUUACUUCGCUUUGACAUCAUCAUUACCCUUUGUACAUCUUUUUUUAACCAAACAGUGUGCUGUUUAUCCUAUAAAUGCCUAAAACUUAAAGCUAAAGCAGCCAGCAAACAUGUGCCUGAAAAAUAUGCUAACAAAACAUUUAGCAAAGGAAAAAAUAUUCCUGUAUAUGUAAAACACCAGGUGAAAAUGUAUACACUGCAGUAAUAUAUGCAGUAUUUGGUUAUUGCUUGAAAAAUUGAAUUGCUUUAUUUUAACAGCACGGGAGCUGCUUUAAUGAUUUAUAUCCAUUGAAGCAACACAUAUAAUUGCAGGUAGAUGGUUUCAGAAAGCAUGAUACUUAAUUUAUUAAACACCCUUUGCUUGGCUAACCAGUGUUUGAGUCUGAGAAACCCUGGCACCAAUCACUAGACAAUACUCCCGUGUUUUAAUGUAAUAACUGGUACUGUUAGUGGCACUGUUUUUAUUUGCAUGCAUUUCCAAAACAUGUGUAUUAAAAAGAUUUUAAUAUGUAAUAAGGCAGCAGGUGUUGCUUGAAAAGCCACAGAAACAGUACCAUAUUAAUGCAGUUUAGAUUAUUUAUUAUUGCACAUUUUUUAUUACUAAAAGUACUAUUUAUAAAAAAAGGCCUUUUAUCAGACUA